AAGGAGAACUAGAAGAUGCGCAGGUUGUAUUGUAGUUCAUCGGUGCUCAUCCACUGGACUGGUGAAGGCAACAGCUAGACGCGGCUAUGUCUUGGCAUUACCGACAACGCCGGAGCUUCGAGCUCACAUCACCACGUCAAACAAUCAAACAACCCCACCCCAACCACUCGAUCACGUUUCCGAUACCCUUUGAAUCCCGCCAAUACACACCGUCGCAAUCAUGGAUUCAUUAGUAUCGCAGUACAGCCGCCCGGCGUAUACAGAGGAAGGCCCGUCCGAGGAGGAGCAGUUGCAGCUCUACAGCGGCACCCCAGAGCUAUCUCUCAAGUUUGCCCUACCACCAGUAGCCCAGUCAGCAUCAUGGCUCCGCGCAAUGACGGACGACUACUCCAACCCCAACUGCCCCAUCAAGAUCGCCCACGGAACCACAACCCUCGCCUUCCGCUUCAAGGGUGGCAUCAUCGUAGCUACCGAUUCGCGUGCGACGGCUGGAAACUGGAUAGCUAGUCAGACAGUCAAGAAGGUCAUCGAGAUCAACAACUGCUUGUUGGGAACUAUGGCUGGUGGCGCUGCUGACUGCCAAUACUGGCUCGCAUACCUCGGAAUGCAAUGUCGCCUCCACGAGCUCCGCCACAAGCGCCGUAUCUCCGUCGCGGCAGCCUCCAAGAUCCUCGCCAAUCUCGUCUACUCAUACAAGGGCAUGGGUCUGAGUAUGGGAACAAUGUGCGCAGGCGUAACCCCCCAAGAAGGCCCCGCCCUCUACUACAUCGACAGCGACGGCACGCGCCUGGCCGGCAACCUCUUCUGUGUCGGUUCCGGACAGACUUUCGCCUACGGUGUGCUCGAUGCACAGUACAAGUACGAGCUGGAAGAUGACGAGGCGCUCGAGCUGGGCAGGAGGAGUAUCCUCGCUGCCACCCAUCGCGAUGCGUACUCCGGUGGUUUCAUCAACUUGUACCAUGUCAAGGAGGACGGCUGGGUCAAGCACGGCUUCAAUGAUACGAAUCCGAUUUUCUGGGAGACGAAGCUGAAGAAGGGCGAGUUCUCGAAUGUUACUAGUGCAUUGGAGUAGCGUGGUAGCUAUGGGUCUGGGGUAGAAGCCUGAGGUCCGCCGGUGGAAGUGAGGUAGAUGGCAGAUUAUGAAUGCUGCAGUGUAGCAGGCUGACCCAAAUCACGACUUAGACAUGCCCAAUGAAAUAACGGAACAUCACAACAUUUCUCAUCAGAAAGCCAACAACGCACAAAGAAACCGUUUUGUGAACAGGUUUGCAUUUGCAUUGCCAAAUCGUACGCGACUAGUCACUAUUAUCUACGAUACUAUGCAUGAAACCCUCAAUAGCAAACAAUUGAAAAAGGAAAGAGCCGCAGUCCAUGCUGGCUGACUGAGUGU